UAUGAUUACACUUAGACUGAGCUGGGCAUGGAACACUUAUCGGUUCCCCAAAACAAGCAUUAAGAAGCAUGAGGAUAAUUUGGCUUGGCUUUCAAAGAGCACUUCCCUGACUUUGUUCUGGUUAGUAACUUCACUGUACCUUCCUUUAAUUCAUAGGUGGGCCUUGUGGUUCUUCAAAAAUGACAAGAGCAAAACUUGGCAAAAUAACUUGCGGCUUGUUACCAAGUUUGAUACUGUGGAAGAUUUCUGGGCACUAUAUAGCCAUAUCCAACUAGCUAGCAAGCUGACAUCUGGCUGUGAUUACUCUCUUUUCAAAGAUGGUAUCGAACCCAUGUGGGAAGAUAACUGGAACAAGCAUGGUGGUCGUUGGCUUAUCACUUUGGCUAAGCAGCAGCGGCGUACAGAACUUGACCGUUUCUGGUUAGAGACUUUGCUGUGCCUGAUUGGAGAGAUGUUCUGUGACUACAGUGAUGAUGUCUGUGGGGCAGUCAUCAAUAUUCGUGCCAAAGGGGACAAAAUUGCCAUUUGGACCCGAGAGGCAGAGAACCGGGAUGGAGUAAUUCAUAUUGGGCGUGUGUAUAAGGAACACCUGGGCCUCUCUUCAAAAGUGGUCAUUGGUUAUCAGGCUCAUGCAGACACAGCUACCAAGAGUGGCUCCCUUAUGAAGAACAGAUUUAUCGUGUGA